UACAUAUUAUUCUUGUAAUAAAACAAAUUAAUAAUAUCUCAUUCAAGUAUGACUUUAUUUUAAAUUAUUGCAAUCAUUCCCAUGCCUAUAUAAUAAACGAUAACCAGUGAUGCUUAGUCAUAUUAUUGCAGUGAACAACCGUAGUAGAUAAACUUAAAGAUAUCUUCCAUGGAAAUCAAAAUUUUACCUUCCCUUCUUCUUGCAACAAUUUAUUUCUAUGGGGCUCAUUCAGCCGUCUUCACGGUGAAAAACAAUUGUGGGUUCGAAAUUUGGCCGGGAACAGUAACCGGAGCGGGUUCAGCACCGGUUCUAACCGGAUUCGAUUUGGCACCCCAAGCCUCAAAAACCAUCAAUGUUCCAGCUCCUUGGUCAGGAAGAUUCUUCACUCGAUACCAAUGUUCAAACGCUGGCAACAAAUUCACCUGCGUGAGCGGAGAUUGUGCAUCGGGUCAAAUCGAAUGCAACGGGGCGGGUGCAAUACCGCCUGUAUCUCUCGUUGAAUUCACUCUAGGAGGAGCCAACGGCCAGGAUUUCUUUGAUAUCAGUCUCGUUGACGGUUUCAAUUUACCGGUUUCUUUGAAACCCGAUGGGGCGAAUUGCCAGACUGUUACCUGUGCAGCUAAUAUUAAUUCUGGUUGUCCUAGUGAAUUGGUUGUUAAAGGCCCGAAUGGAGAUGUGGUCGGUUGUAAGAGUGCUUGUGUUGCUUUUAAUGAGCCGCAAUAUUGUUGCUCCGGCGCGUUUGCAGAUCCGUCGGUGUGCAAGCCGUCGAAUUACUCGGAGAUAUUCAAGAGACAAUGCCCCCAAGCUUAUAGUUACGCAUUUGAUGAUAAGACCAGUACUUUUACGUGCCCGACUGGGGCGAAUUAUCUUAUUACCUUUUGUCCUUAACUUAGAUUAAUAUAUUAUUUUCCGAGUUCUAAUAAGGUAUCUAGAGAAUAAAUUGGAAAAUAUUGUUCGAAAUAUAAUGAAUUUUUUUUUUGAGA